UUUGCUUUGCUUUAUUUUCUAGCCACUGCCCAAAGAAUAAAUUUUUGUGUGCAAAAAAUCCAGGGCCUCCUCUCCUCUCUCUCCAACUACAAGAGCCUUUUGGAAAACGAAUGAAUUUGACCUGCUCUGCUCGGAUUCUCUCUGCUCUCAAAAGAUUUCCUUCUUUUGUCCUUGUCUUUGCCUCUCCUUUUCAUUGAUGCCACCAUGCCUCUCUCUCUCUCUCUCUCUCUCUCUCUCUCUCUCUCUCCCUUUUUGAGUUUCUAGCUAGGUGGUUUUAGGCGCAGUAGUACUAGUACGUUUUAGCUGGUGUACACAAUACUUUUUUUUUUUUUUUUUAACUAAGUGACGCAUAUUCACACGUUUUAUUCCCUUUUCGCACUACCCAUUUGGUUAUAAAUAGGCUUUCUCAUUCUGUGUUCUCUUCAUUGCAUACCCUUUUCUUCUCUCGCAUUGCAAAUAGGGGGGCUGUUUAGUUCAGUUUACCGGAAGGCCAAGAUGAGUUAUGCGCAUUCUAACAUGGGUUCUGGUAGUAGAACCGCUAGGAGGACAAUUGAGUUUGGAAGAACUCAUGUGGUGAAGCCCAAAGGGCAGCAUCAAGCAACUAUAAUAUGGCUACACGGGCUCAAUGAUAAUGGCUCAAGCUCAUCUCAGCUCUUGGAAAGUCUUCCUCUCCCUAACAUCAAGUGGAUAUGUCCAACUGCUCCUACCCGUCCUGUUGCAUCGCUUGGUGGUUUUUCUUGUACUGCAUGGUUUGAUGUGGGUGAGCUUUCGGAAGAUGUUCCAGAUGAUUGGGAGGGUUUAGAUGCUUCGGCAGCACAUAUUGCAAACUUGUUAUCAACUGAGCCACCUGAUGUUAAAGUUGGCAUUGGAGGCUUCAGUAUGGGUGCUGCUAUGGCUCUUUAUUCUGCAACUUGUUUUGCUUUGGGACGAUACGGAAAUGGAAACCCUUACCCCGUCAACUUAAGGGCAGUCAUUGGUCUAAGUGGCUGGCUUCCAGGAUCAAGGAUCUUGAGGAAUAAAAUAGAAGGGUCACAUGAGGCUGUGAGACGUGCUGCUUCAUUACCUAUUUUUCUUUGUCAUGGAAGCUGCGAUGAUGUAGUUCCGUACACGUACGGCGAGAAAUCAGCUCACUGCUUGAGUUCUGCCGGAUUUCGAUACCUUACGUUGAAAUCGUUUGACGGGCUUGGCCAUUUCACAAUCCCAAGAGAAAUGAAUGAAGUUUGCAAUUGGCUGAUUGCAAGGCUGGGGCUUGAGGGGUCUCGCUAAUAUUUUUGUCAGAAUUUGUAGUCGGAGAUAAUGAAGGAAUAAAAAUAGGUUUCAAAUAAUAACACAUAUUAUGUACAAGUAGCCACCCUACAGGGCUGAAGGCAUGAGCUAGAUGCUAUAUAGGUUACAAUAAAGUUUUACUUGCGUUCUUGUUUUUGUUCCACUUUGUAGAAACUAGAUGUUAAUUAUUCUUAAUCUUAGAUUUA